AGAGCUCAACGAGGGUGGGAGGGGGUUAGGGUCGGCAACGCGCAUGUAACUCCUCUGGAGUUGCAGGCGUACAUAGGCUACGGAUACUGCUUACCAUCAGGCAGGCCGUAUGCUUGUUUGCCACCGACGUAGUAUAAAAAAAAAAAAAAAAAAAAAGGCGUGAACAAUCUGCGAAAUCGACGCGAAGGCCCUCCAUACUCGCGUUCGCGGCUUCGCACCUCGAUUCGCGCACGAGUGUGGAGGGCCCUUAAUAUUUGACAAAAUUCGAUUUUACAAACGCUGCGUUCAGCACAGAUGCAGCAUGAGCAUAUGCAACGCCCAAUAUUACGGUUAUGCAAGGGCUCUGGCAACAGUUUUUAAAUAAAUAGAGUCAAGUAAUAAACAAUUAUUAAAAAAUAAACUCAAUAAAGUAGGGUUUUACUUUUUUUUUUUUUCCCUGGCUUUCCCCUCUUGUGUUUUGGCAGGAGGGAUUUUGCCAAUGACGACGUUUUAGACGUGCAACGCACGAUAAAGCAUGUUCGGUGUAUGAUAAAUUUUGGUUUGGUAAAAGGACUUAUGGUAGGUACCUAAAACAAAAAACAUUUAUUGUUAUGGACAUCACAGACAACACAGGACAUGUACAGUUUAUUAGAAAAAGAGCGGGAAAGGUAACAGUUUUGACAAUUAGAAGGCAUACCAACAUAAGGAGAGAUAAGAAAUGGACAAUAGACAUAAGAUGAUUUUACUAGAAAAUGUAGAGCCGUUAAAGUUUUAUAUUAUUUUCUUGUAUGUGUUUAAGAAGAAUUCCAGUGUUCCCACACUUUAUUCGUUUAACACAUGCGCACAAUAUAAUUUUGAUCACACUUUAUUUUUGACAUCCUACUGACAUUGACACUGCUCGUUUUGAUUGACACUAUGCAUAACUUUGAAAUUUAAUUUUUAAUUUAAUAAUUGCCCGGUUAUCCUUUAUUCAUUGUUGUAUUUGUAUAUUUGUGUUUCGUUCUUCAUUGGAUUAAACGCCGUAUACCCAACCCAAUAGUCCUUGUAUUAAAACUUCAUUGGACUUUGCAACAACAGAUUGACGGUAUCGCAAAUUUCUACUGCAUUGCGGUGUGCGGACUUAGUCAAUGGAGAGUUUGUUUUAAAUAUGCAUGUAAUAAGAAAAGGUUAAGUCUCUGGAUUUACACUUCAUAAUGAACAAUUUGUAUCAUCUGUGGGUUUGGAUUUUAGCCCAGCUGUAUAAGUUUGUUAAAAGAAGGCUAAUUUUUAUUGGUUUUGGAUCAUUAACAAUUACACUAUUAACCAUGUUAUUGAAAUGGAGCUUCACAUGUUCUACUAUUCAGCCAGAAAAAUAUGUGAAAAAUAUUUGCACUGAUUACCAAAGUGGCUCCUCCAUCGGAAAGCUCUGUGAUGAACUUUGUAAUGACGGGAUAUCCUCCAUUUCCUGCCACAAUUUCCACACAAGCAAGGAGGCAGUGUUCUCAGGUAUCCAUGGCAACCACAGUGUGGUGUUCAAGUUGCCUAGAAAAAUAUCAAACCAUGAAGUGCUGCACUGGUUAGACGACUCAAGUAAAAAGAUUUAUCCUUCCGAAGUAGACUUUACAAAUAUGAUUAUAACAAAUGUAAAACUGAAAUUCAAUAUUUUCUUAAACCAUAUUGAUGCUAAGAGAAUGUCAUAUAUCAAUUAUUCAUUGAAUCCCCAUGAUAGGGAAAUUGAAAUGGAAAAUGUAUGGAAUUUAUUGCAAGACAAUGAGUAUCUUGCUUUGUUGUUGUAUGAAAAAUUUGAUAUUUUCCCUCACUUAGAGGGAUCAUGUGGCUCACUGUACGCUGUCCAGAAACUGAACACAAUAUCAAGGUACUGGCAUCUGAUAACACUUUAUGAUAGCAAGAGUGAGUGGGUGAAGAGAGUCAAGCUAUCAGUGAUGAUACUAGAUUUCUUGUUGCGUUUAGAUCAUGCUCAGCCAGAGCCACUUCAUGUCUGUGAUAUAAAGAUGGACUAUUUCGGAGUCACAAAUGAUUUCAAGAAAAUCAAAUAUCUUGAUCUCGACUCUGUUCACCCUCUUAGUGUAACAAAUAAGCUUACUGCUGACGGGUCAGAUUGCAAGCAACACAGUGAUUGUGAUUUUAAAGACUGCCGAUCUUUUUGUAACCUGAUGACGUUUAAAUGUCAACAUGGCGUGGCUAACAAUAACCUGCAGAUUGUGUGUGAGAAGAUAUUUUUGGGCUGGGUGUUGUCUGGGCGGGUGAUGGUGCCAGGGCUACUGCUUGGGCCGCGUUCUCCUCGCGUUCUUAUCGACGUGCUGGAGCUCUGCGCUAACCCUGACGUUGAAGCGGGCACACCAAGAGCACCAGCUUCAAAAGAAAUUAGGAACAGACUUCACAAACUCCUCUCUCAUUUAUCUUUAUCUUAAGAAAUGAAAUGCUCUGUGAUAACUAAUUACCUUAGAUAUGUUUAUGUAGGUGUUAACAUUUUCUAGUCACAAUUUUUAAAGUUACUUAUUGUUUAAGUAGUUUUUAACAGUUGCAAUACUUGGAGUGACAAUAAAGUUGCACCAAAUUGUGAUAGUUAGGUUUAUAAUUUCUUCACUUUUUAAAUGUAGAUAAAAUGCUCACUCUUACCAGGGAUAUAAUAACAAAUCGUGUUUAAUCUCCAGUAAAAACUUAUCUACUAAGUUUUAGGAUUCAUUAGUAAGUAGUAAAAAUUUAAUAAAAAUUCUCAUGUGCCUUUAAAUGAGAUUUAAAAAAGUUGUUACAUUUAGUCAAUUCUAAUCUAAUGUUUCCCGUACAACAUACUUCUAAAAUUAACCUGAUUGCCAACAAUAGUUCUUCCGUAAACAAUAAAACAUUCAACUAGUUGUAAUUGUUUAAAAAGAAAUCGCACACGAGGUCCGUAGGAUCGGGAUCUGGGUUAUAACCGCGAAAAUCGAAGUUCGCAAAUUCCGGGCAUCUUUCUCUGUAACUCUAAUUACGCUUUCAUUGGAGUAAAAGAGAAAGAUCCCCCAAUUUGCGAAUUUCGAUUUUCGCGGUACGCCCCCUGAGCAAGUACGGUGUGCGCUGCGCCCAUAUCCACAUCAAGUGCGACUAAAUAGACUAGUCGAAUUAGUGCAAGGGCUUAUACGGCAAGCGCGGGGAAUCUCGCUUCCUCGGCCCUCGUGCGCGAACUACAGGUAUCGCUCAGUGGAUUAUAUAUUGUGCACUAUUUAAAUGUAGAUAAAAAUACUCACUCUUAACCAGGAAUCUAAUACUACUAGUGUUUAAUCUCCAGUAAAAAAGUUAUCAACCAUGUAAUGCUGUUAUAUGAACAUCAGAUUUAAUAAAAGUAUAACGACGGGUGAUGUAAGAGGAAAGGGGAAGACUGCUUCUCCAUACGAACACAGUUCCCCUUUUCAUCUUUGGAUAUUAACAUUAUAGAAAGUAUGUUUAUAAUACAAAAUUUGAUUUAUUUUGACACAGCUAAAUGAUUAUCGGACGUUUGACUUUUUGUUUAUUAUAAGAGUUAUAGGAACGAAAAAAAAUCCAUACAAAUCUUUAUAUGCUCCUAUCUUUUGCAAACAUUCCAAAUUUGAAAAAUAUAUAAAAUUGAGUCAAAAUAUUUGAGUACUACGUUUGUAUGGAAAGGUGGUUAGGGGGCGGUCGUCCACUUUCGUCAUAGGUACAUAACGAAGUAACAAGGUUUAAGUCAUGUGAUGAACCCUGACAGUUUUUGUAGAGUUUAACACUAUUAUUAAUUUACUUCCUGAUUUUCUUAAAAUUCCAAGGCAAUUGCCUUGCUUACAGGGCCGGAUUUAAGGGAGGGCAACCGGGGCUACAGCCCGGGGCCUCCACAAAAGAGGGGCCCCCACAAUAGAGACAUCGGAAAAUUUACCAUUUUAUUUGGAAAAUAAUUUGAUGCCAGGGGGCCUCCACUCCUUUAUUGCCCGAGGUCUCCAGACCUCUAAAUCCGGCAUUGCUUGCUUAGAUUGGUUCUAGUCUUUCUUAGAUUAAUGAAUUAGGGCACAAUUAAUUUAUAUAUUUACUUAGGUAUUUAAAAAAUCGAGUUACACUGCCGCCUGUAGCAUAAGUGCAAUAACUCAUUUUGAAAUAUCAUUCAAUCGUUUACCUUGUUAUCUUGCGAUAUGUUAUAACUAGUUAUAAGGUGUAUUGGGGUAGCUUAGAAAGCGGGCUAAUUUUAUAAAUGGCAAUUAGUUCGAAAGCGGGAUGAUUAUGAAAUUGGCAAAUACUUCGAAAGCGGGGUUAUUUUGAAAAUGGCGUAUUCUUCUAAAGCGGGGUAAUUUUGAAAAUGGCAAAUACUUUGAAAGCGGGGUAAAUUUGUAAAUGGCGUAUUCUUCUAAAGCGGGGUAAUUUUGAGAUGGAAAAUACUUCGAAAGCGGGGUAAUUUUGAAAUGGCACAAACUUCUAAAGCGGGGUAAGUUUGAAAAUGGCAAAUACAUGAUAUAAAAUCCUACUUUAGCAACACUGAUUACGCUAGUGCAACCUGCAAUGCAACGCUUACCAAGGCAUGUUGCUUACUUUUUUUUUAUACAGGCGGCAAACGAGCAGACGGAUCACCUGAUGGUAAGCGAUUACCGUCGCCCAUGGACACCUGCAACACCAGAGGGGUUGUAAGUGCGUUGCCGGAUUUAAGAUGGGAGUACGCUCUUUUCUUGAAGGUUUGGUGUUGCUACAGUGGAAAGUGGGAUCUAGUAGUCUGUAAAUAUUUGCCUUUCAAAGUUUUCCAAAGCGCUGGUGAUCUAGCGGUAAGAGCGUGCGAGUUGCAAUCCGAAGGUCGCGGGUUCAGCCCCGUCUCGUACCAAUGAGUUUUUCGGAAAUGAAUAUGUACGAAAUAUCAUUUGAUAUUUACCAGGUCGCUUUUCGGUGAACGAAAACAUCGUGAAGAAACCGGACUAAUCCCAAAAAGGCCUAGUUUACACUCUGGGAAGAUCAAAUGGCAGUCGCUUUCGUAAAAUCUAGUGCCUACGCUAAUUCUCGAGAUUAUUUGCCAUUUUGCUAGGCUCCCAGGAGAGGAGCCGUGGUAAAUUAAAAUGCCGGGACAACGCGAGGAAGAUGAUGCCAUUUUCAAAGUUACCACAAUGAAUCUUGCAUUUGGAGGUGAUUUCAAAGUGAGUUAUUGCUCUAAUGCUUAGGGCGGCUGUACAGUCAUAUCAUUAAGUCUCAGGGAUCUUAUAAAUGUAAGGUCUAGUUACAACACAACAGUGUUUGUAUUGGGUAUUUGAAUAAACGCCCAAUCGGCAAAAUGGAACAUAA